GGGGCGAGUCGCAGCAACGUUGCGUUUCAGCGGCCGCCGCAGGGUCGCUCCUCACGACAGGACAAGUAUUCGGUGCUUUUGCCCACCUACAACGAACGCGAGAACCUGCCGCUCAUCGUGUGGCUGCUGGUGAAGAGCUUCUCCGAGAGGCGGUCACGAUCUGCCGCCAGAGCCGGGAGCCCCAAGCCAGCGCUGUCACCACCGCCCCGGGGCUGAGCUCUUAUGUAAGCUUGAUGUUUGCGCUGUCAGGGAACUGCUGAUGAGCAGGCGCUGGAGAGAGAGCACUUUCGCCGAGGUUGACACGUGCGCUCAACUAUGAAAUUAUAAUCAUAGAUGAUGGAAGCCCAGAUGGGACAAGAGAAGUUGCUGAACAACUGGAAAAGAUCUAUGGGCCAGACAGAAUUAUAGAGAACAGGAAGUCUCUGGAGACUUGCCUUUCAAGCAAUGGUAACUCUUCACCAUAAGAAAACCAACUCUGGCUGUUGUUGUGACCCCAAUAAACCCCAGAGUUUUCCCGGUGGCACUGGAGAAUUGAGCCAAGGGCCUUGCACGUGUAAGCAGCUCCUAAGACCACGGGAAAAAAAGCUGGGCCUCGGAACUGCCUAUAUUCAUGGGAUAAAACAUGCCACAGGAAACUAUGUCAUCAUUAUGGAUGCUGAUCUCUCACACCAUCCCAAAUUUAUUCCUGAAUUUAUCAGGAAACAAAAGGAGGGCAAUUUUGAUAUUGUCUCCGGAACUCGCUACAAGGGAAAUGGGGGUGUUUAUGGCUGGGAUUUGAAAAGGAAGAUAAUCAGUCGUGGGGCCAACUUUUUAACUCAGAUUUUGCUGAGACCAGGAGCAUCGGACUUAACAGGAAGCUUCAGAUUAUACCGAAAAGACGUUCUACAGAAGUUAAUAGAAAAAUGUAUGUCCAAAGGCUAUGUCUUUCAGAUGGAGAUGAUUGUUCGAGCAAGACAGUUGAAUUACACCAUUGGUGAGGUUCCAAUAUCAUUUGUGGAUCGAGUUUAUGGUGAAUCCAAGUUGGGAGGAAAUGAAAUAGUCUCUUUCCUGAAAGGAUUAUUGACUCUCUUUGCUACUACAUAAAAGAAAUUAUUCAUUUAUGCUUACCGUGUUCAUUUCAAUUAAAAGUAAGAGAAGCCUGGGUCACUGGUUUUUGUCAAAUGUUUCCUUAACACAUGAGCCAAAGGUAAGGUGCAUUUCAUAUGGGUCUUUUCUCUGGAGAAACUCCAUUUUAUAUUUCAAUAUAAAAUAUAAAGUUCUUGGUUUGAUGAGCAAUGUCCUCAAUUUUCAUGUACAUUGUACUGUAUUAAUAACUACAAAUAAAUGUAUAGGUUUUCCAUACAA